GGCCGGGAGGGACCGAGCCGCGUCACGCCCCUCAGCCGUAACUAUUCCUUUCUGUCGCUGCGUCCGCAUCGUGUCUCCGGAAUCAGACUGUACUCCAUAGAUGGCCAGCUUUCCCCCGAGGGUCAACGAGAAAGAGAUCGGAAACAUGAUGAAAAUAUUGAGGGGGCAUCAGAACUGGGUAUUCAGCUGUGCAUUCUCUCCUGACUCUUCAAUGCUGUGUUCAGUUGGAGCGAGUAAAGCAGUUUUCCUUUGGAAUAUGGAUACGUAUACCAUGAUACGCAAACUAGAAGGGCAUCACCAUGAUGUUGUAGCUUGUGACUUUUCUCCUGAUGGAGCAUUACUGGCUACUGCAUCUUACGAUACUCGUGUGUAUAUCUGGGAUCCACAUAAUGGAGACAUUCUGAUGGAAUUUGGGCACCUGUUUCCCCCGCCUACUCCAAUAUUUGCCGGAGGAGCAAAUGACCGAUGGGUACGCUCUGUAUCUUUUAGUCACGAUGGACUACACAUUGCAAGCCUUGCUGAUGAUAAAAUGGUGAGGUUUUGGAGAAUUGAUGAGGAUUAUCCAGUACAAGUUGCACCUUUGAGCAAUGGUCUGUGCUGUGCCUUCUCUACUGAUGGCAGUGUUCUAGCUGCUGGGACACAUGAUGGAAGUGUGUAUUUUUGGGCCACUCCAAGACAAGUUGCUAGCCUUCAGCAUUUGUGUCGCAUGUCAAUCCGAAGAGUGAUACUCCUGGAGCACCACAAGCACAUCCAGGAAAAGCUGAUGAAGAAAUAG